AUGCUCAAGCACUGGGGCCUGGACAAGCUGGCCGCCAAGGAAUACGAGGAGUCGAUCGGCGAGAUGAAGCACGCCGACAAGCUCAUGGACCGCGUCUUCACGCUCGAUGGCCUGCCCAACCUGCAGGACCUGGGCAAGCUCAACAUCGGCGAGGACGUGCCCGAACUCCUGGCGAGCGACCUGGCGCUGGAGACCGGCGCGCAGAAGACCAUCAAGGACGGCAUUGCCCAUUGCGAGACGGUGCGCGACUACGUCUCGCGCGACCUGCUGCAAGGCAUCCUGGACGACACCGAAGAGCACAUCGACUUUCUGGAAACGCAGAUCGAGCUGAUCGACAAGGUCGGCCUGCCCAACUACCUGCAAAGCCAGAUGGGUUCGGUCAGCUGA